AUGUAUAAUAUCUGGGCUACGAAAUUCCAUACACGCGCCUUGACAAUUGCUGUUCUUGAUUUUGUCCCUGACUGGGUUGCUCGUCGCGCUACGAUGGAGUUUAACCCUGCGCUUGCAGAUGCUGAGAGUGUACGCCAGACCAUCACGGCGGGGUGCCCAUUGGUCAACUUGCGCCUUCCAGCCCUUUCUCAGCAACCAACCACAACCACUACUCCGCACUUCUUCGAUGGAAAACUUGACAUUGACAGCUGGACCCAUCAGUGUCGUGGCCAAUCCUUCUUCAACGCCGGUUCCGUGGAGGAAAUGCCACUCAAGGCCGGCGCCCAGACAGUGUGCUGCUCUCCUGCAUACUUCAGCCCCUCUGCACACCCUCCAGCACAUCUCUCGCAUCCUCCCAAUCCAACCACGCCCGACUGUGCUCAACUGCUCCCUCUAGCACCCCUACCCUACGCCCUGACCGUCUCAGUAAUGAUGACACUGCCGCUGCGUUCUUGUGUUCUCUUGCCAUUUGAGUCAAUUUGUACAGCAAUUCUCAUUGUUGUCGCAUCCGCUGUCCAUGUCAUGCGCAUAUCUGCUACCUACCACCACAUUCAAAAUGUUCGCGCAACUAUGUGGGGAUUAUACGCUGUGCAGAUUGUCGUCGCUGCCAUUUGCUGCGGCUUCUACUGCUCUGUUCAUCUCCAAGAUGGCCAGGGAUGCAUCAUUGGUCCCCUGGAUAAUGCAAGCUGGGUCGGAAUUCACUGGCUAGCUCCAACCUGGCUUUACGGUACCAGCUUCGUCCUCGCUGCGCUACUCAGCAUAAAAACGCUCGAAAUUAAGCCUGUAUCUUACUGGCGUCUCAUGCUUCGGGACGGCUUGAACCUCAUGGCAGCUGUGCUUGCGAUGAUGAUGUCUAUGCGCAUCAUCCUCUCCGUUAGAGGGGACCUUGUCAACGGAGGCUCGUUCUCUGUCUCUUCCCACACUGCCUCAUCAGGCGCCAAUACAAACCCCCUCUCCGGCUCAGACAUGAGACCAAGAGGCGGUAACCACACUUUCCGCUUAUCGCGAUGUAGACAAGUGGAUAGGAAGGAAUUAGUGUGCUCGCUGGCAGGCUUUCAUCUAUAA